AUCACAGGGUAGUGUUUGUGAAUGAAAAAGGUGAGUCUUCCAGAUCCGAUCCAUAAUCGAUCACUUGCAAGCUCGAAACCUCGAGACGGAGAAACCAGAAACCACUGGUAGACGACCAGAACUUCGAAAGGAAAGUCAACAGUGCUGCGCAACAUGUGAACAUAUCAAAGAACAUGUAGGCAGGUACAAGAAGUGAUCGUUUUUAGCUUGCUUUUUGGAGCAAUCCAUGCUGAACUCGUGGAGCCGACAUCUCAGGUGGUCUCAUCACAGAGAUGGGAUUGAAGCAAGAAGACUUCACCCAUUUCACGCCGCCGGUGGUUCAGUUCCAAAUGACCCUCCUGAAAAGGUACUUGGAGAAGCACAAAGCGGUUGCUUCGACAUGUUGCCCGAUGCUUUCCGACAGGAGCACUUUCGACCAAUUGGCCUACCUAGACUGGCAGGCUGCAAAAGGACAAGUUCCCCGGACUGUGGUGGAGGAAGCAUGGUCACUGCUGGACCUGCAAGAGCUGAAAGAGCUCUAUGAGAAGACCAGCUUUUUGCUCCUCAUGCCCGACCCGACCCUGUGCAAGAACGAUGGCACCCGAAUGCAGUCCAGCCCACAGGACCUGGAAGCCUUGUUCCAGGCCUUCAGGCGAGUCCUUCAGAGAGCGGGGGUCAGCUACAGAGAGUGCUCCGCGCGAAAGGAGGAGCCCUCGAAAGUCGCGCAGCUUUUCAUUUGAAAGUCGCAGCUUUGAGCCUUGGGCCAAUGCAAGAUGGUCAAAGGCCCUUUGAGCAUUGAGCUUUGGAAAGGGCCAGUGUUCGGUGACUUGCCAAGUUGGGAGGAGGAACUGUUUGUUGCUCGGGGA